AACGAAGCACCUACGCAGUACGGUUCCAAUUUUCGCGUUUUCGUUAUGAAUAAAAAGACACGACUUAAGUAGUAACGAUUCCGCUGCGGUUUCCUAUUCCAAGGCACGACGGUCAGAAACCAACAACGCCUAGUGAACAACGGCACGGGAAGUAAACAAAAAGGACGCGCUCGCGUGUGUGUGUGUAUGUGUGCGUGUGGAUGUGGAACCAGCAAGGAAGAAGGAAGCUGCAAUUAAGGACAACACCCGGGCCAAUAUUGAGUUGCGUACCGGGGUGCAGGAUUUGCGUGUGUGCCAUCAUUACGUGAUUGUUUAGCUGCAGACGGUGUGCAACAAACCACCCUUUUCGGGGAAGUGUGCCAGUGUGUGAUCCGAACGCGGUGGAAUUCCGGUGGAGGAGUAGAAUUUAACCGGCUACCGUGGACAUCGCAGAACUCGCACAGGAUGGGUGGAUUGCAGGCGGCUUGGUCCAUCAUGUCGAUGGUGACGCUCACACCGUUCUUCGCCUUUCUGUUUUCCAUCGUGUUUAUGGCAUCGAUCGGGAAAUCGUUCGGUGUGAGGCGACUGUACGUGGAUCUUUUGGUGAAAAUCUUCGAGUUCGGGCGACAAAACAUUGAAUCCGUGCGGAAACAGCAAUUCGCUAAUAUUACCAAAUCCUAUGCAGAAGAUGAUGACACACCCACCGGUGACAAUCUUAGUACCGAAUCAGUUGAUACAGGCAGCAUAAAAACAAACGGCAACAUACCCAAUGGAGGAAACCAUCGGUACAUGAACGGGCGCGAUGCUUCGUCAAACAUAGCGAACGGUGGCAAUACCGUCAUAAGUAGGGCAGAAUCGCUUAUCCUAUCGCCGGAAGUUAUUGAUGAUACGCGAAGCAAAAGUACCGAGCCGACCGAUGAAGGAACCGUGCGUGAAAAUGGUGACGAUUGUGACGAGGACGCCAAAUCGGACGGUACGGACGGUGAACAUGAAGCGGCCGGUUUUAAGCUGUCGAAUUGUCUCGACUACGUAAAGUCCGGUAUGGAAGCGAUCAUCGAGGAUCAGGUGACGAGCCGGUUUUUGGCGGAAGAGCUAAAAAAUUGGAACUUGCUAACGCGUACUAACCGGCAGUAUGAAUUUAUCAGCUGGCGGUUAACCGUGAUAUGGAUGAUCGGUUUUUUGAUACGAUACUUUAUCCUGAUGCCGAUGCGGGUGCUUAUCUGCUUCAUUGGGGUGGUCUACUGUGUGAUUGGCUUCGCAUUCGUGGGCAUUCUUCCGACGUUCCGGUUGCGCCGUAUCAUGAAUGAGAUCGUGUUCAAGCACACGUUUCGUAUGAUUACCCGCUCGAUAUCUGGCGUUGUACGGUUCCACAACCCGGAGUACAAACCGAAAAACUGUGGCUUCUGUGUGGCCAACCACACGACACCGAUUGACAUUGCAAUCCUGUCCACCGAUUGUACCUACGCCCUGGUCAUAUGGUUGACGUUGUGCACCGCCGUGGUUGGCUGCGUGCCGGAAGGUUCCAUCAAGCGCGCCAUGGUCAAGAGUGUGCUGAUUCAGUGUUUCGGCUUUCUGUCGAGUGCAUUAUCAUCUGUGAUCAAUUAUCAUAACAUACAGAAUCGUCCAUUGAAUGGCAUCUGCGUGGCAAACCAUACCAGUCCCAUCGAUGUGUUAAUGUUAAUGUGUGACAAUUGUUACUCGCUGAUUGGUCAGCGUCAUGGAGGAUUUCUUGGAGUGCUUCAACGUGCGUUGGCCCGAGCCUCGCCGCACAUCUGGUUCGAACGUGCUGAAGCAAAAGAUCGGAUAUUGGUGGCAAAAAGAUUGAAGGAACACGUGACAGAUCCCAAUAAUCCACCGAUUCUGAUUUUCCCCGAGGGUACUUGUAUCAACAACACUUCCGUGAUGCAGUUCAAGAAGGGUAGCUUUGAAGUUGGUGGUGUUAUCUAUCCAGUGGCCAUCAAAUAUGAUCCACGCUUUGGUGAUGCUUUCUGGAACAGUUCGCGAUACUCGAUGAUGCAGUAUCUUUUCCUCAUGAUGACCUCAUGGGCGAUCGUGUGCGAUGUAUGGUAUCUGCCACCGAUGGAACGCAACGAGGGUGAAUCAGCGAUCGAUUUUGCGAAUCGCGUCAAGCGUGUCAUCGCCGAUCAGGGUGGUUUAGUCGAUCUCGUCUGGGAUGGACAGUUGAAGCGCUCGAAACCAAAGAAGGAGUGGAAGGAAAAGCAGCAGGAGAAGUUUAGCAAGCUGCUCAAAGGCGAAUGACAGAUGGCCUAGCGGUCACCGUGCCGAUCCCGAUGUCCGGAACAGCCAUCGACGGAUCGGAGCAGUGCAAAACCAGUGACACCUGCGGAGGUGCCAGUAGACGUGCAGCAAAGACAGGAAGUUUGCCCGCAGCGAGUAAACACAUAAACACAAGGUUCAUACUAUGUGACGCUGGACAGGAGGCAGUGUCAUCAUCUUUUGCUCUUCACAAAUAGAUAAGACAGGAACCAAUUAACAGAACUAGCCAAGUCCUUAGGAUAUUGCAUCCUUUCUGGACAAUGCACAGUGAACCCGUUAUGCGUGAUGCUGCAUCGCGCGUGCUAGGACGUACUGUAUAGGCACUACUUCAGUAACAACACCAACUAUCACCACCAAAUAACAAACAAACAAACAAACUAAUGCGCUUAGGUGAAGAUUAUCCUCGCUCACUGCGAAAUGUCAGUCAGUCUUAAUUUGAAGGUUUCCUUUAACAUAUUGUUUAGUGCUUCUUUAGUUGUUUUUAAACGACACCCAGCAUUUACGUUUAGCACAUACCGCACCGCAACACAGCUCCACAGUAAUGCUCGUUUGACAGUAGUACAAACCUGUAGCACAGUAAUACCGAUUUUACUUAAGUAGAGCAGGAUGCACGUUACCCAAAAACACAACCAAUAGAACAUAAAUAAUCAGGCACCAACCAACACGUAGGUAGUAGGAUUGAACUUUUCUAUGGUACAUUGCUAUUUCCAUCCCAUUUUUGUAACUCUUUACAACUUGCUUUCACUCUUUGCAUGUGUUUGUGUGAUUUCCCUUUUGUUUCAUUUUAUGUUUUCCUACACGAGUUAUAUAAUUGUAUAUUCUUUGCUGUCCAGUUUAAUUUGUUUUACAAAAAUCAUUUAAAUUUCGUGUUUGCGUCUUAUCGACGACAGAUCGGAAUGGACUUCUUGUCAAAAUGUUUGUCAAAUGUAUGGAAUGCUAAUGUUGUAUAUAGUAUUUCGAAACGAUAGGAUGUUUGUAUAAAACGUGUGGUGUGUUAAUAGUUAGUUUUUUUGCAUUUAACACUGUUUGUUUUCUUCACUUCGCAAUUUAUGCAAAUAAUUUUCAUGCAUGCUUUAGU